CUCUGCACCGCCUCCCGGAGCUUGCUGUGCAAACCUUGGCUGCCUAAGCAGGACGCUCGUGCAGGAGAAGGGCGGUGGAGCCAUGCCAUGCAGCUCCGCAAGGACGCCACUGGGCACAGCCCGCUGGCCUUAGUGUCGAUCAUCCUCCCAGUGCACAAUGCUGAACAGUGGUUGGAUGAGUGCUUGGCAUCUGUUUUACAGCAAGACUUUGAAGGCACCAUGGAGCUCUCUGUUUUUAAUGAUGCCAGCAAGGACAAGUCUAGGAUCAUCAUUGAAAAAUGGAAGGGGAAACUGGAAGAUUCUGGCAUCUCUGUAGUCAUUGGAGGCCAUGACUCUCCUUCUCCCAGAGGAGUUGGAUAUUCUAAAAACCAAGCAAUCGCACAGAGCACAGGGUCUUACCUUUGCUUUUUGGAUUCAGAUGAUGUUAUGAUGCCCCAGAGAGUGAGGCUGCAACAUGAAGCUGCUGUUCAGCACCCAACGAGUAUCAUAGGAUGCCAAGUGAAGAGAGACCCCCCAGACUCUACAGAGCGGUACACACGUUGGAUCAACCAGUUGACGUCUGAUCAGCUAUUGACACAGGUGUUCACCUCCCAUGGCCCCACAGUGAUCAUGCCAACGUGGUUCUGCUCUCGGGCCUGGUUUUCCCAUGUGGGCCCAUUUGAUGAAGGAGGACGGGGGGUACCAGAGGACCUGUUGUUCUUCUAUGAGCACCUUAGGAAAGGGGGUGGCGUCUUCCGGGUGGACCACAGCCUGCUCCUCUACCGCUACCACUUGUAUGCAGCCACACAUUCAGUCCUUGAGAUGACCAUCUGGACCCAUCGUGUCCACUUCCUAGAGGAACAAGUCCUACCUCAUUGGAAGUCCUUCACCAUUUGGAAUGCAGGCAAGCAGGGACGUAGGUUAUACCGCAGCCUGACUGCAGCCAGCCGGCGCAAGGUGGUGUCCUUCUGUGAUGUUGAUGAGAACAAGAUCAGGAAGGGUUUCUACUGCCAUGAGGACUCUCAGGAAAGACCCAAGCCGAAGGUCCCCAUCCUGCAUUUCCAAGCUGCCCAGUCGCCCUUUGUCAUCUGUGUGAAGCUGGACCUCACAGGGGGUGAGUUUGAAGACAACUUGAAAUCACUGCGCUUGCAGGAAGGCCGGGACUUUGUUCACUUCAGCUGAGGCUGCCGCCAGGUGAUCCACACGGAAGCUCUGCAGGUUCUGAGCCUUGUCUGCUCUACUUCCCUUACACAGACAACUGUCAGGUGAAGCGUGACCCUAAUUAGUCUUAACAAUAAAAACACGGAGUCAGAUAUUAAGGGUGAAAGCUGAAAGAUAAGAAAAGCAGAGCAGCAACUAGAGACUUCUUACCUCUUAUGCAUCCUCAGGCUAAAUGGGGUUCCUGUCUCUAUGAAUCCUCAGACUGAAUAGGCGCCAAGAUGUGUCUCGACCCACCUUAUAUUCCUGUCUCCAACUCCUUAGUGCUGGGAUCAAAGGCUUGAGCCUCCCAUUUGCUGGGAUUAAAGGUGUGUGCCACCACUGCCUGGAUCUGUUUCUUUUAGACUGGUUCAAUCUCCUGUAGCCCAGGGUAGUCUUGAACUCCUGAUCUUCCUGCUUCCUCCUCCAAGUGCUGGAAUUAAAGGUGUGUGCCACCACUGCCUGGCCUCUAUGGUUAACCAGUGGCUAGCUCCACACUCUGAUCUCCAGGCAAGCUUUAUUUGUCAGAAGACAAAAUAUACAUUUCCCCUCUUUUUGUCUAAAUCAAAAGUAAAGGUUUUAACUAACAUAGAAAAACUAUAUAAUAAGUACAAUAACUAUAUACAAAUAUAUAUCGGCAAUAAUUACAUUAACAAUGUCUACUCCACUAGCAUUGGACAAAUUCAAAGAAAAUACUCUAUUAGUCAUAAUUAUAGUUUUUCUUAGUUAUAAUACAAAGUAAAUUAGAUACAAAACUUUAGACUCACCAAGAUAGAUAAUUAUUUUCUCUAAUUUUGCCAAAUGCAAAUAGAUUAGUGUUACUGUAAUUCUUUUUUUUUUUUUUUUUUUUUUUUUUUUUGGUUUUUCGAGACAGGGUUUCUCUGUGCCACUUUGCACCUUUCCUGGAUCUCGCUGUGUAGACCAGACUGGCCUCAAACUCACAGAGAUCCGCCUGGCUCUGCCUCCCAAGUGCUGGGAUUAAAGGCGUGCGCCACCACCGCCCGGCAAUCUCCUUUUCUUAUGUGAUAUUUUUCACAGCUUGUCCUCCUCAUCGUCAUUCCUCGGUGUUAGACCUUUCUCUGUGCUAGAAUAGCUAACUCUUCUUUGACAGUCCUUGGUGGGUUGGCAGGCUCACCUGGGUUUUCUACACACCACCCUCAGGUCACAGGACUGGGAUCCCUUCCUACCUCACUUGUCCAUUUGAAGAAACUUUACAUGUAUAAAUAACUGCCCCCCAUUUAGCUGCCAUGCAUUUCUCCCCUCGUUUGGUUUCCUAACUGAAACUAUCCUGAGGCCAUUUUUUCUGCUGCUUAAAGUUCACCCACAAAAAACACUGCUUUUAGCUGGGGAUAAUAUGGAGACUCUGGCUGCACUGAGUUACAACAGCUCUCUUUCUUGAAUGGUAGUUACACUGUGGUAGUUUGAAUGUAUUUGGCCCCCCUAAGCUCAUAGAAAGUGGCACUAUUAGGAGUUGUGGCCUUGUUGGAGGAGGCUGGAUGACACAUACCUUUAAUCCAGACCUUGAGGCUGGAGGGCACACCUUUAAUUUGGGCCACACCUUCUGGAAGAAGUGUGUUGAUGUGGGGGAGGGCUUUGAGGUUUCAUAUACUCAGGAUAUCGCCCAGUGAGUUAGUCAACUGCAAGAUGUAGGACACUCGGCUAUUUCUCCAGCACCAUGCCUGCCUGCAUGCUGCCAUGCUCCCUGCCAAAAUGGACUGAACCUCUGAACUGUAAUCAAAUUAAAUGUUUUUUUUGA